AUGACUAGGUCUUCCUUUGCAACAUUGCUUGAACUUGACCCGGAGAUUGAGAGAACCUUUUGGGCUUUAAGGAGACAAGCUAGGUCAGCAGCAACUUGUGAGAGUAGAAUUUCAGAGAUGGAUAAUCAGAUAACAGAAGGGGAUCGAACUAUGAAAGAGCUUGCAGCACCAGAUGUGGCUUAUAAGUACUCAUGCAUCACUUAUCCAGAUUUGGCAGGAGAUUUUGAACUUAGAUCAGGACUUAUUCAUCUGCUUCCCAAAUUUCAAGGCUUAUCAGGAGAGGAUCCCAACCGCCAUCUACAUGAAUUCCAUGUGGUUUGUUCCACCAUGAAGCCACAAGGGAUUUCAGAAGAAGACAUUAAGUUGAGGGCUUUUCCAUUCUCUUUGACGGGAGCAGCUAAAGACUGGUUAUAUUGCCUGCCAGCUGGAUACAUUGCGAGUUGGAUUGAUAUGAAGAGAGCCUUUUUGGAGAAAUUUUUCCCAGCUUUUAGGACUGCAACUAUCAGGAAGAGCAUUUGUGGUAUUCAACAAGUAGUGGGAGAGACUCUUUAUGAUUAUUGGGAGAGAUUCAAGAAGCUGUGUUCGAGUUGUCCACAACAUCAAAUUAGUGACCAACUCCUUGUUCAAUAUUUUUAUGAGGGUUUACUUCCCAUGGAUAGGAGCAUGAUAGAUGCAGCAGCUGGAGGAGCCUUGGUGAAUAAGACUCCAAAUCAAGCAAGAGAGCUAAUUUCAAAUAUGGCGGAAAACUCACAACAAUUUGGGAGUAGAGCUCUUGGUACUAGAGUGGUUAAUGAAACUCAUUUAGUUUCAACUGAGCAACAAGAAAUUAGGAACAAUUUGCAAGAAUUGACAUCUCUAGUGAAGCAAAUGGCAUUGCAAAAUUUGAGUCAUGUUUCAAAUUUUCCUUUACCAAUGAUGAAGUUGUGUGGAAUUUGUUCAAGCCAAGAUCACUCUUCGGAUCAUUGUCCUAAUCUACAUCAAGAUGAAUCAGUUGCAGCCAUUUCAAGACCUCAAUUUCAGCAACACAAAUACGAUCCCAACUCUUCAACUUACAAUCCUGGAUGGAGGGAUCAUCCAAAUUUGAGAAUCAUCCAGCAAGUCAUUCUCAGCAAUUUCAGCAAUAUCAGCAGCCUCAAUUUCAGCAAAAUUUCAGCCAAAAUCAGUAAUUUCAACCAUUCCAGAAUUUCCAGCAUUCAAAUACUGCAACAUGUUCAACAACCUGUGCAGAAUUUCCAGCAGCCAAGUAGUACAAAUCAGCACCAAUCUCAGCUUGCACUGCCUUCUUCUACAAGCCCAAGAUCAAUGCAACCUCAGCAGAAUUUUAGCAGCUCAAAAAUUGAGGAUUUGAUGCAGCAAGUGCUACAACAGCAACAACAAAUGAUGCAACAGCAGCAACAUCAGCAGAGGACUGAUACAACAUUGCAAAACUUUGAAAGGCAGAUUGGGCAGCUUGCUAGCAACAUUAAUCAGAUGCAAAAUCAAGGAUCUGGGCAAUUACCUUCACAACCGACUCCAAAUCCUAAAGGAAAUGUGAGUGCAUUAACUCUUCGAAGUGGUAAAACAAUUUCAGACCCAAAUUCGAAUUUUUCAGCUAGAUCACAGCAAGGCAUAUCCAGGACAGCUUCAGAUUUGACUCAACAGAAAUUCCAGAAUUUUCCAGCAAAUUCAGAGCAACCAGAUUCUGCACAGCAUGGGAUUACUGGAGCUGAUCAGCAACAUUUCAAUCAACCUGCAACUUCAGAUUAUGAUCAAAUUGAUGGAGCAGAUUUUGGCUUGGAUUUUACUCCAACAACAGCUCCAAAUUCAACUCAAAAUUCAGCACAGAACCUGGGAAAUUCUGGGCAGAAUCUGGACAGAACUUUUAACCAGCAAGAAGCCGAGCAUUCCACUCCAUUACCUUUCCCUCAAAGAAGUGUACAACCAAGAAAAGAAAUGGAGGAAGAAAAGGCUAGGGAAUAUCAAGAAUUGGUGAAAUUAUUCAACAAGGUUGAAGUGAAUGUGCCUUUGCUUACCAUGAUUAAGCAAAUUCCAAAAUAUGCCAAAUUCCUAAAGGAUCUUUGUGUUCACAAAAAGAAAUUAAAGGGGAAUGAAUUGAUAAGUAUGGGAAAGAAUGUCUCAGCAUUACUUCAGCCAGUUCCUCAGAAGUGUGAAGAUCCAGGAGUUUUCACCGUGCCUUGUGUUAUAGGAGAUUGUAUUUUUGAGGGUGCUAUGUUAGAUCUUGGAGCUUCUAUUAAUGUGAUGCCUAAAUCAGUUUUUCAAUCAUUAAGAAUUGGACCUUUGCAUCCUACAGGUGUAGUGAUUCAGUUGGCCAAUAGAAGUCAAGCACACCCAGCUGGAGUGAUAGAAGAUGUAUUGGUAAAUGUGAGGGAGUUAAUUUUUCCUGCAGAUUUUUACAUCUUAGACAUGGAGGGUGAUGUGCUUGCAAACAGGGCUCCGCUUAUUCUUGGACGUCCAUUCUUGAAGACUGCUAGAACGAAGAUUGAUGUGCAUGCUGGAACUCUUUCUACGGAGAUAGGAGACACAGUGGUUAGAUUCAGCAUUUUUGAGGCGAUGAAGGAUCCUAGAGAGGAUCAUUCUAUUCUUAGCGUGGAUAUCUCAGAGGAGUUGGAUGGCAUGGAGUUCUUAUCAGAUAUUGAUUCAGACUUAGAGGUUUCUGAUUUUGGUCAAGAGAAUGAAUUUGUUUCUUUGUUGGAGGAUAUUUUAGAGGUGGAAGAAAGUGGUAGUUCAAGUGAAUGCGUAGGGGAUUGCUUAGGAGAAGCAUUACCCCUAGGAUCGCUCAGAGAGGAAGAGGUAUGCGUAGGGGAUUGCUUAGGAGAAGCUCUACCCCUAGGAUCACCUACAGUUGACCCGACACAGGAGGAAUUGAAGCCAUUGCCUCAGCAUUUGAAGUAUGCCUAUUUGGGAGAGAAUCAGCAGCUACCUGUCAUCAUAGCUCAGAAUUUGGAAUCGGAUCAGGAGGAAUGA